AAAUGCUUUCAUUAGCAUUAUCGUCCUGAAAGGAAAACCCUGCGGCCUACGUCGGAAUGUUAAACCCUCACAGCGCGCUUGUUCUUUGCAAAUAGGAUGGCGCUCUCACUCAGGCCAUACACAAAUAACAUUAGGAAUGAAUUGAACAAAGCGCUGUGCAUCCAAACAUUCCCGUGCCAGCAUGUGGAGCGCCACAACAAGCCGGAGGUGGAGAUUAGGGAUAACCCGGAGCUUCUGCUGCCGCCUGUGACCGUGACGCGCAGCGCCACAGCGGCGGCAGGGUCGGGUGACAGCGGCCGAGAAUGCUGCCUCAUAGAAGGCUCCAUCAACUCUGUACGCGUCAGCCUACGAAUCGGACAGAUGGACUUGCUGGAGGAGGAGCUGGUGGGCAUGUACCUGUCCUUCCUGCAGCAGCGCGCCGAGCUGCUGGACGUGCUGCGCCGGGUGCCGCUGCCGGGGUACGACGUGUCGUUCCUCAUCACGGACUCGCACCUGCUGCAGUACGGGCGGCAGCGGCUGCUGGACUUUGUGGUUUCCUUCAUUGAGGAGAUGGACUCCGAGAUCAGCACAAUGAAGCUGGCGGUGAACUCUCGUGGGCGCGCCGUGGCCACCGAGUUCCUGCGCUCCCUUGCCUUCUGAGGCCGUCCCCUGCGGCCUGCUGGUGCGCAGAUAGCCGCAGGAUGCCCCCAUUGGGGAGCGCCCUCAUGCAGCGCAAUGCAUGCUGCUUGGCAUCGUCAGCGGCAUGUCAUGCAUGGCUGGCGUGCUGCAAGGCGAGUAUUGAAUGAUGAUUGCGCCACCCCUCGGUGGUUGCUGCCAAGCGCCGGACUACUGGCAAGACUGCAAGGGCGUGCGGAUGAGUGCUGCGGCGUGUGCUGGACGCGCAGCCUGGUAGUUGGCGACGAGCCCAGGCUGUGUUAUGGUGUCGCCGCAGCUGAGGCGUGAUUGGGAAGCAGACGGGCCCAGUGCGCAUUGGGCCGGGGCCACGAAGUAUUAAGGCGGGUUCCGGCACAGGUUCGGCACGGACUGCUGGCAAGACUGGUCCCUUGUCGUACGGCCACUAUUAAUCGGCGGCGGUGCGGCGGCGCUGUGCUGUACUGCUGCGGUGACUGCCAGGCGGCGCACUGGAAGGCGGGGCACAAGGCGGCGUGCGGCAAGAAGUGAAUCAGGCGAAGGGGGUUUGCAGCAAACGGCGUGUGGACCCAUACGCUGGUCAUGCCGUACAUUGUGAAGGCUGGAUGAAACACGGCUGUUGGCGCCCGACCGGUGGUCGGACAUACUUAACUCCUAGAUUGCAACCAAAUGAUACUUGAACUCAUCUACUCAACCGUAUGGGCUCGCGUAACGUGCAAACCUCUGAACAUGAGCUACAUUUAUCCGUCGCCGCUGCCAAGCAAAUAUGUGCAGUCAACAGUGAUGUAAGCCUAGUGGUUGUGUUCGGUGUGCGGGAGAAGGCGCCCCGCAAGACGCGAAGGUGGCUUCCAUGCUUCACCGCAAGCGCUCAGGACUCGGGGCGUUAUGAAUAUCAGUUGCUACUCGUCCAUUGUCAAGGAGUCAGCGCGGUGAGACUGGAGUAAGACUGGAGAACACCCAAAACCUGCAGCAACGUGUGUCCAGGAGAGGCCCUGCUGCCUGCCCGUGACUGCUGGAACAGUCACCCACCCUCACCAUCGAUAUCUA